AUGAAAAGGGGCCUGACCCUAUCAAGUAUGGCCCCAGCGUUUGUUGACUACCGGGUAAUAUUAAAUACCGAAAUGGAGAUGAUCGGCACAAUCGCUUUCAAGUACGUAAACCGACAAAUAUUACUCUCAAUACUGAUUAUACUGCAAGGGUUGGGCACAAUAUUUCAACCAUGGGCCACACACCUAUGGCAUUUAUACCUAUGCAUAUUUGUAUACGGGUUCGGCAUAGGUGCCUGGAACGGGUCCAACAAUGUCAUUUUAAUCGAGAUGUGGCAAAACCGCAGCCCCUCUAUAUUACAAUUUAGCCAGUUCAUUUACGGUGUGGGCACUAUCCUAGGUCCUUUAUUGGAUAAAAACUUUGUUUUGGGUGAACAGAUAUGUCCCGGUGUUUAUGAAAAGGACUGCCAUUUGGCCGCCCUAUCAAACGAGACCAUCGCUGCCACCGAUUUGUGUACCGAUGAAUGCCGUGCCUAUGAUAGGCGACCCAGACUUAAAAUUCCCUUGCUCAUUGGCGGCCUAUUGAUGAUGAUAGGUCCCAUAAUGAUGCUGGCGAUGUAUGCGAUCAAGAAAUACCACUUCAAUCACGACUCGAAGAUAGAGGUCGUCACCACCGAAGAGCAAAAGGCGCGACACAAGCGAUACGUGCCGUCAAAGACCAUAAUAGUGUGCACUUCUCUAUACCUGGCCUUUGGUAUAAUGUCUGAGAAUAUGUAUAUGGAUUUCGCGCCCACUUUCUACCAGUUCUCACCCGUAAAGCUGACGGCCGCCGAAGCGUCCGAUUUGUUUUCACUCGUAGGCAUAGCGUUGACCACUGGCCGAGGGGUCAGUAUCUUCAUAGCCAUGUAUCUCAAACCCGAGCACAUGAUCGCCUACCAGUCCGUCAUAGUGUUUAUCGGCCAAUACACAGAGGUUACCGAUAAAAUAGGGGGCCUUUUUAUUGGUUCGUAUAAUGCCGUGUAUAUGUUUUUACCCUAUUUUAUCGGCAACAUGAGUUUAGCUAUUGUAGCGUUCAUUUACGUGAUGUGGUCCGUCAGGAAUGUGCCCCAGGAUUUGAUUAGA